CGAGCACUCGCGACGCACAACUUUGACUGCAGCAAUUGCGUUUGCCUGCCGGUCUGGGGGCCUUUGAGAAUCAUGCCUUCAAUUGACGAUGGCGUGUUCGGCCUUCCGUUAGCGAAGCGUCAGAAAGUUGUGCCUGAGCAGCAUGCCGCUGAAGCAGCAGAACCCGCUAAUCCAGCUGGGUCAAGAAUAUUCUCUCCAUUUCGCACGCUAGGUCUGGUGUCUCCGACUUCCGUUCCGUUUACUUCUGUCGCUCUGGGGAAAACCACAUUUCAAAUUACCACGUCCGUCGGCAAGAGCUUACAGACAUACGAUCUUCGUCGCGGCCUUAAUCUGGUGUUCCUGACUCGUCCUCAGACGCCUUCAACGAUCACAGCGACGUAUGCAUGGAAGGAUCGUGUAUUCGCUGCAUGGGGAGGUUCUUUGCCCAAUGAGCGCCGAGGCGUGUGGGUGUUCAAGCGGGGCAAAAAGAUAGCGGAACUUGACCCUCCCGCCGGAUUCAGCGAACCCAUCGAGGAGCUUAUGGUGUUUGGCUCUUGGAUCGUAGGAUGCGGGACUAAGACGAUUCAGGUUUGGAAAACGACCAGCCUCGAACAUUAUACUACCCUGACUCCUCCUACACAACGGACAAGCUCAACGGGCCGUGUCUUGACGGGUAGAAUCUGCAACAUGCCCACUUAUCUAAAUAAGAUAUUUGUUGGUAGAUGUGAUGGAGGCGUGGAUAUAUGGAAUGUGUCAACUGGGAAACUGCUGUACACGAUACUUCCCACUUUCCCUGAUGCUGGAAUGGUGACGGCGAUGGAACCGAGCCCUGCUUUGUCGUUCAUGGCUAUUGCCUACAGCAGCGGUGCGCUGGUCAUUCAUAACAUUCGAACUGACCAACCGGUCCUGCAAUUGCGCUCUCCAACCACUACUUCUCUCCCAGUAUAUUCUAUUUCUUUCCGGACUGAUGACCUUGGAGCUGGAAACGAUGGAAGAAAGGCUGGGGUAAUGGCGACCGCUGGAAGCGAUAGCGGAGAUAUUACUAUGUGGGAUCUGAACGACGGCGGACGGGUAACCGGUGUCUUACGAGAUGCUCAUGAAAGUUCCGGCAAAAGUCGACCACCUGGCAUUAACAAGGUUAAGUUCCUUGGUGGCCAGCCUGUUUUAAUAUCCACGGGAACAGACAAUGCGCUUCGUUCCUGGAUAUUUGACGAGAUGCCAUUUUCUCCUAUUCCACGGCCUCUACACGCGAGGACCGGACAUUCAGCCCCCAUCACUACCAUUGCUUUCUUACCACCAGGGUCUGAUGGAUCGGAGACUUCGGGAAAAUGGUUGCUCAGCGCCAGCGAAGACCGUAGUCUUUACGGGUUGAGCCUGAGAAAGGAUGCUCAAAACGCCGAACUCUCCCAGGGGAAGGUCAAGAGCAAGUCAAAGAAAAUUGCUUCUGCUCAGGGUCCCGGGGAAUAUGUUGCAAGGUCGGAGACCUUGAAGUCUCCUGAAAUCACAUGUAUGGCUUGCUCUCUUAACAGGGAUGGAGGUAUGGGGUCUGCUGCUGCCGGCCCCAUAUGGGCUAACGCCCAAUCCGUAAAUGCCGAUAGUACGAAUUCUACUGGUUGGGAGAGCGUUGUCACAGGCCACAAGGGGGAUAAAUUUGCACGCACCUGGCUCUGGGGGAAGAGGAAGGCUGGCCGCUGGGCACUGGAAACUGGCGAUGGCACGGAAGUCAAGAGUGUUGCUGUCUCGCCUUGUGGAACGUUCGCUUUGGUGGGCUCGGACGGUGGCUCAAUUCACAUGUACAACCUACAGUCCGGCAUGCAUCGUCAAUCGUUUCCUGCAAAACUCUCUCCCGCGCAAGCAAGGAGGGUAAAGCUACAGCAGCUGCAAGGUGAGAAUAUUUCGGGAGGAAGAAUCUCGUCCCGGUCGGGGCAGGACAAGCAUACCAAAGCUGUGACUGGCAUCAUGGUGGAUGGCCUUAACACCACGGUUAUCAGCUGUGGCUUGGAUGGCAAAGUCAAGUUUUGGGAACUGCUUACCGGACGUCUUAAGCACGAGCUCGACUGGUAUCCCAUGUGCGCCAUCACCGGACUUCGGUACAGCAGCUCCAGUGACUUGAUUGCUUUUAGUUGUGAUGACCUCUCUAUCCGCGUUAUUGACAUAGGGACCAAAAAGCUUGUGAGAGAGCUCUGGGGAUGUGUGGGUCAGGUAAACGAUUUUUGUAUUUCUCAUGACGGACGAUGGAUUAUUGCCGCCUCAAUGGAUUCGGUGAUCAGAGUCUGGGAUUUGCCAACAGGCCAUCUUAUCGAUGCUUUUCGGCUGCAAAAUACAUGUACUUCUCUCGCGUUUUCGACUACCGGGGAGUUUUUAGCAACGGCUCAUGCAGAUGAGGUGGGCAUCAAUCUUUGGAACAAUCAAAGCCUGUUUAUGCACAUUCCGACUAGACACAUUGAUGAGGACGCCAUUGCUGAGAUUGCUGCGCCUACUGCCUCUGGAGAAGGCGGAGUCGCUACAAUCGAAGCCGCAUUCAGGGAGGACGAUAACGCGAAUGAGAAAGAUGGUCCGGUCAUCUCAACUGAACAACUCGAUAGCAAUAUGAUGACACUGAGCAUAACUCCCAAAAACAGAUGGCAAACAUUGCUCCAUCUCGAUUUGAUCAAGCAACGCAACAAGCCUAAAGAAGCACCCAAGGCCCCCAAGAAGGCUCCCUUCUUUCUCCCUUCGACCCUCCCAAAGCUGGAUCUCGCAGAGCAGAUGUCUGGAGGCGCCACAGAUGGCGCUGAAGAAGAACGAAUUCGAUCUACUAGGACCGAACGAUCGCGAAUAGCAAAACUACAAAAGCUGCACGGCGACACCUUGCACACAUCCCAGUUUACCUCCCUCCUCCACUCCGGCAGCGACUCAGCCGACUAUUCUCCUUUCAUCGAGUAUCUUAAGUCACUUUCGCCAGCCAAGGCUGACCUGGAGAUCCGGUCCCUCGAUCCUAUUAAUCGCGAAUAUGGAAACGAGCUAGCCAUGUUUGUAGCAGCACUGACCUCCCGGCUAAAAGAGAAGCGCGACUUUGAGAUGGUGAACACAUGGAUGGCAGUGUUUUUGAGAGUACAUUGUGAUGCCGUUGAGGCUACACGGUCUCAGGGUGAUAGUAGUGAGGAUGAUAUGAACAUUGACAGUGGCAUCGCUAGUGGGGCUAUGACUUUGCAAACAGCCAUGGUUGAGUGGAAGGCUGAGCAGGAAAGAGAAGGAAGAAGGCUAGCCGAGUUAGUUGGGUAUUGUCGAGGCAUAGUUGGAUUUUUAAGGUCCACGAGAUAGUUCUCGCUGUCAAAGACUCUCUCUGCAUUCACGCACCUAAAACCUGUCAUACCUUUGCGGAACGUAUUCAAAGAGGAUUGAGUAAUUUGCAUAAGAUACUAC